GAUGCAGUUUGAUUGAACGCGUCAACGUUAAAAUGCUUUGUCACAUAACUCGACCGGACUGUGUAGUUAUGGAGGUGGAGGUUGAUCCCAAAGCGAACGGAGAGGACUGUCUCAACAAGGUGUGUCAGAGGCUGGGGAUCAUUGAGGUGGACUAUUUUGGACUCCAGUUCACUGGGAGUAAGGGUGAGAGUCUGUGGCUGAAUUUAAGAAACAGAAUCUCUCAACAAGUGGACAGUGUGUCGCCUUGCAGACUGAAGCUGCGAGUGAAGUUCUUUGUGGAGCCCCAUCUCAUACUGCAAGAGCAAACUAGGCAUUUGUUCCUGAUGCACGUGAAAGAGGAACUUGUCAGAGGAAGUGUACGGUUGGAUUCAAAUCAGAUGGUGGAACUGUGUGCCCUGUUGGCCCAGGCAGAGUUUGGAGAUUACAAUCAGAAUACAGCCGAAUAUUUCUGCAUCCAGAUCUACGGCCAGGAAUCCCACCCAAGCACCUUGAACAACAUUAUUGCUAGGCAUAAAGAGCUACAGGGUUUGAGCCAGGCUUCGUCAGAGUACCAGGCUCUACAGCUGGUGGCCUCUCUGGAGAUCUAUGGUGUGGAGUGGCACUGGGCACGGGAUACUGAGGGACACAAGGUGGCCAUUGGUGUAGGACCGGAAGGCCUGCUUAUCUGCAAAGAGGAUUUCACACCCAUUAACAGGUUCAUAUAUCCAGCCAUUCAGAUGGCCACUCAGUCUGGAAAGAAUGUGUAUGUGACCAUCACUAAAGACAAUGGAGAUAACCUGGUCCUACUGUUUAAAUUCAUCACCGCUAGUGCUGCCAGCGGACUGUACCGGGCCAUUACCGAGAUCCAUGCAUUCUACAGGUGUGACACAGUGACGAGCACAGUGAUGAUGCAGUACAGCCGCGAUUUCAAGGGCCACCUGGCUUCACUUUUUCUCAACGAAAGCAUUGACCUCGGCAAGAAGUACAUCUUCGACAUCCAGCGCACGUCCAAGGAGGUGUAUGACCGGGCCCGGCGCACGCUCUUCAGCACAGGGCUAAAGAAGGAUGCCCAGCGCCCUUGUCUGUCACCUCCCAGACAGCCGGAGGUGGGGGACGAGGAGGAGACUGUGUAUGAAGCCUGCAGGGAGAAGCUCCAGAGGUUGCAGGAGGCUCUGACCUGUGCCCUUUGCUGUGAGGCUGAGAUUGACGCUGCCUUCUGCCCCUGUGGACACGUAGUCUGCUGCCAGAAAUGCGCUGUCCAGCUUCAGUGCUGCCCAGUGUGUCGUUCGGAAGUUGACCGCAUUCAGCAUGUCUACCUACCCACCUGCGCCAGUCUGCUUGAUCUUGUGGAGCCACGCAGGGACAUUGACAACAGACACAUUGGACUGGCACCUGACAAGAACAUCCCAGAGGGUUACAGAACGAAGGAGAAAGUUUGUACAGCAUAGAAAUUUACAGAGGGUUCAUCAAUUGAGUGUUCUUUAAAGGGGCUGUCAACUUAUUUCCAUAAGCCGUUUUUUUGCUGUCAGCUAUAAGGUCCUGUAUGAGUUGACUAUUGACUGUCAAGUAAACAACAUUGGGCCUCAUUCACCAACUUUUCACCAAAUUUCUUCUUAAAAUCCAAUUAUGCUGUUUUCACGUUUCAAGGAUUCUGACAUUCAUCAGUGUUUUCUUAUUUGGGAUUUGCUUUUAGGUAAGAACAGAAUCUACACACACUCAAGAGCACAAAAGUGUUGUUUAAGACCUCGUCAUGAAUCUGACAGACUGUUUCUUAAGACCCUUCUCAAGAACAAAUUUAAGAAAAAGCCUAGGAGGAUACUGGUGAAGGAGGCCCAGUGUGUAUGUGGUGUUUCACUGCAUGGAUGGGUUAAAUGCAGAGGUGAAAUUUCCCUGUUGUGGGACUAAUAAGGGUCUCUUAACCUUUAGUUCAACCCAAGCAACUAAAAAUCAACAAACUAGCAAGCUAGCAUUUUAUAUUACCCCUUCCCUUUAUUCUGCCUUUCAUUGUGCCAUCACUUUUUUUGUGGUGUCCCUCGAGACACAUACAGUACUUGGCCAACAAAUAAUGAUUCUAGACAUAGUGCUAUACGUUAUAUAUUUAACAUUUGCUUAUGUUGGAAUGGCUAUGCCACGGAAAAAAUGCUAGCUCAUAAUUCCUAGGAAAACUAGGAAAAAUAAAAACAAAAUGCCCCAUCAAAUGGGAAUUCUUACUUAGACGUUUGCUUUAGAUUCAUGAACAAUACAGAUAGCCCUACUCCAAAAAAACAGCAUAUGUUGUGUUUUGGAUGCUGUUAUGCUGGUCAACCAGCAUGACCAUGUUGCGCGACCAGUUAAAACAGCACCAGACUGGCGUAAACCUGCAUAAAUUAGAAUUUUUCAGCUGAGAGUAGUACGUUAAAUCUACAAAACGAACCUUAAAUGAUAGCUCUUUUAAUCAGGCCCUUGCAAUAUGGACAUUAACACAAAAAGAAAGGUACUUAUCGCUCAUAUCUCUAACAUUAGCAGCUAGCGUGUUGCAAAUAACACUCCCUUUUUUGGAAGUCCAAUUUUUCCCAAUUUUGUAGCUUGGAACAUGCUACUUCCAAGCAUUGACUUCAGAGUUUCUGUACAGUUUGAAACAACAGCACGGUCCUGCAGUUGAGUUUUUCUACUGUAAAACUCUUUUUGGUACAGUUUACAGCCCCUUUAUAUUCAGCUCACUACAAUACAUGGUAGCAUACUGUGAGGACGGUGACGUCAAUGGGUAACCAUGGAAAACCUUUGGGACUAUAUAUCUGCAAUAGAAGACAUUUUGCAUGAAGUGACAAAAGCUGAGAUUACUAUUCUACGUCAUUUCUUGAUGUCUUAUACUAUGCAAUACCAACUCUAAAAUACAGAGUAUAUGUUUUGUAUUUAUUUCUUUAAUGCGUAGAUAUAUAAACUCUAGAAGAAUGAACUAACCUGAGUGUGCAAUAGGAUCAUGUUUUGUAGUGGCAGAAGGCUACAACAUUACUUCAUUUUUUAAAUAUAAUUUUUUUUAUCAAAACUUUUUGUGAUGUAUA